AUGGGGCUAAAUGAUUCGUAUCAUCAGGCGAGGAGCCAGAUACUCAUGAUAGAUCCACUACCAACUGUUAAUCAGGCCUAUGCCAUGGUAGUAGGAGAUGAAAGUCCAAAGUCUGUUAUUACAGGCAUCAAUACUUUGGGCCUAAAUGCAUCCAUCUUAGAGUCGGCAGCAAUGUAUUCUAAAGGUGUGAUCAGCUCAGGUGCAAAUCAUAAGUUCAAGAAAAAUACACUCCUAGUAUGUGACUUUUGCAAGUGUAGAGGCCACACUAAGGAAUACUGUUACAAAGUUGUUGGAUAUCCACCAAAUUUUAAGUCAAAGAGAAAGAUACAAAGUGCCUCAAAUUCUAGUCAGCAUCCUGCUCAUGCUCAUUUCUCUUAUGGUUUGAACACCAAUGUACAUGACAAAUCAGUUGAGGCCAGCACAUCUAUCAUCACUACUAGUCAAGCUGAAAAGGAUGUCAAACAAUUACUUCAAGGCUGCACAUUCACAAAAGACCAGUAUGAUCAGAUUCUGAAAAUGUUGAAUCAACAGUCACAAGCAAGAGUUACUGCAUCUGAUGACAAUAAGGCAAAUGCUGUAGGUAAAGCACUGUUUGUUACUGAAAAUAGUGAUGUCUGGAUUGUAGAUACAGGUGCAACAAACCACAUGGUAUCAAAUUUGAAUAUGCUGAAAAAGGAGCCUAUGUUAAAGCUAGAUAUUCCUAAGGAGGUGUCCUUACCAAAUGGUAGUACCACACAAGAGCUUUACACUAGGAAGGUGAAAGAGGUUGGUAAAGAAGAAGGGGGUUUAUAUCUACUGUGGAGACAAUUAUCUCAAAACACCAGUAAAGAGUCUGCUCUUGUUGUUGAUUCAACUCAUCCCACAGACAAAGAUUCAACUGCAAAAGUGGAGUUAUGGCAUCAAAGACUUGGACAUGUCUCUUCAACAAAAUCAGAUGUUUAUGUAUCACUUCCAUUGUUUCUGAAGUAUGUUCAGAAUCAGUUUGGGAAGACUGUCAAAGCUAUAAGGACUGAUAAUGGUACAGAGUUUGUUAACUCGGUUUGUGAUCAUCUGUUUAAAGAACUAGUUGCCACUUAUCUUAUUAACAGACUUUCUAGCAGUGUCCUUGGAUUCAAAUCCCUUUAUGAAAGACUCUAUGGUGCAAAACCAGAAUUGUCUCACUUGAGGACAAUUGGCUGUUUGGUCUUUGCAAAAAAUCUUACUGAACAUGAUAAACUUAUGCCCAAAUCAAGGUCUGCUGUCCACAUGGGCUACUCUAAAGUUCAUAAAGGAUACAUCUUAUUUGAUUUGUCUAACAGGUCAUUCUUUGUGAGUAAGGAUGUUCUCUUUAGGGAAGAUAUCGUCCCAUUUGCCACAGAUAAUAGGUCUACUCAUCAGCAGCUGUUUAUGGACACCCUGCAAGGAUCAGUGAUCUCUACACUUGAUCAUGUGAUCUCACCAGAUCCUGACCAGGCUGCAGUAUCACCAGGUGCUGAUCAAACUUCUAUACCUGUAGAUGUUGAGCAAACUGAGGUCACUCAGCCCUUCUCUGAAGUGCAGCUGCAGGAUGAUCUGAUUGUUCCUGAGGUGCCUCCUGUUGCAGUGGUUCCACAACCUACUAGACAGUCUACAAGAUCUAAACAUCCCCCUGCUUGGCUGAAGGACUUUGUCUCCUUCAAUACACUUAAAGAUGUCCCUUAUCCUAUCUCUAACUAUGUUACUUAUUCUCAUCUAUCCCCCUCAUAUCAAUGCUACAUUGCAGCUACAUCCACUGUGACAGAACCUUCCACCUAUGCUGAAGCAAUCAAAAAUCCAAGAUGGAUUGAGGCCAUGCAAGCAGAGAUUCAGACUCUGGAGAGUAAUCAUACCUGGGAGGUUACACCUCUACCUGCAGGCAAGCAAGCUAUUGGGUGCAGGUGGGUAUAUAAAGUCAAAUAUAAAUUCACAGGGGAGAUAGACAGAUUCAAAGCCAGGCUAGUUGCAAAGGGGUAUAGCCAGUAG